ACAUAUUUAACUUUAUGAACAUCUUAUGAUAAACGUCCCGUAGAGAAAAAUGUAGCUGAAUAUUUAAUGUAGUUAAAUAUUGGGUUCUGUUGGCUGGUUCUGCUCAGACUCUGACAGUAAAUCUGCUGCUUUAAAUCACCAACAGAACAUUUCUAUGUUGCUUUAAGCUAACGGGACGUUUCUGGCCAAAUGCUUUGGUGCUUCAGUUUUUCAUCAGAACAUUUUAGCUGCAGGAGUGAAGAACUGCACAUAAAAUGAUGCUUUGCUGCUUUUGUUUCUGUCUACAACAGUAAAACCAUUCCGCUCAUCCAUCCUUCCUUCUCUUGCUCAGCAGUAAAAAUCUUUCCACUGUUUCUUCUUUUUGGCUUCGACGUCUUUUCGUGUUCAGACUCAGCUGACGGUGCCGACGCUCCACCCACGCCGACGCUUUCAAUCUGUUGCUAUGACAACGAUCAUCCACCGAAACAGAAAGAGUCAAUUUGACCAGCGUUGGAUUUAAGUCAAAAGAUUCAGAAAUUUUACAAACAAUACAAAAUUCAAAGAUUUUAAUUAAGUAGAGCAGAACCUGGAUUUCUUUGUGUUAAAAGCAUCUGGAAUAUUUAGUUCUAUUUUUCCAGCUGAAGGAAAAUUAGUUUCUGUUUCCAGGAAUUUAAAGUAUUUAAACUGAGCAGCAAAUGAAGGAGAAACAGGAAAUUUAUCUGAGAUACAAGAAGAUAGUUGGAUGUUUUCCCGUCCUUCUCUCCCUCCAUCAUCCCUCCAUCCCUCCUCAGCUGUAAAUCCAGAUCUUCUCCUUCCGGUUCCCUGAAUCUCCUCUGAUUCCUCUGAUUGUUUCCUGAUUUUCUGCAGAAGAAGAAACUCCGUCUCUACGUUGGGUGUAAAUCUGAGGUGGAGUUUGGACCCGGACCAGAACUUCCUCCUCCUUUCUCUAAGUGGUUUUCAGAGAAGCGUGUUUAAAGUUCCUGAAAGCAUCGCCGGCGCUUUAUCUGCUGCAUUUCAUCACAUCCUGCAGCGCUGCCUCCUCCUCCUCCUCUUCGUCGCCUCUGACCUCAGACUGAAGGGAGGAAGCUGCGGUUGUUCUGAUCGUCACUCUGAGUGCUGCUGCUCUGCGCUCAAGACCCGACCCGUUGCUCGGCAGCAUGGCCUCUUCGCUCGCCCUCCUCUUCCUCAGCCUGCUGGGCUCCACGUGCGCUCUUCUUCCUCCUCGGAUCUCCUUCCUGCUCAAUUCACCAGAAAGACCUUUGGUUCACUUCAACCUCACAGACGUCAGCAACACCGCCACACUGUUGCUUAGCAACGACAGCUCCACCCUUUAUGUCGGAGCUAGUAAUGCCAUCCUCUUACUGAAUGUCAGCCAGAGUGAUGUCAUCAGCCUGAGGCGUAAGGUGACAUGGAGUCCGUCCAAGGUCGACAGAGGAGACUGUGCGUACAAAGUGCAGGAUCCAAAGGUUGACUGUCAAAACUUUGUCCAUGUUGUUCAGAGAGUAAACUCCACCCACCUGUACGUCUGCGGCAGCAACGCCUACAACCCUCAGCAAGCCUUCAUCGACGUGGAGCGUCUGUCGGUGGUCCAGCAGGACGAAGCCAGAGGGCGCUGUCCGUUCAGUCCUUUUGAACGGAGCUCUGCAGUCAUCAUUGACCAGGAACUCUUUGCUGCCACAACCACCGACUUCAAGGGAAAAACCCCACAAAUUUCACGAUUCCUCAGUAAAGAUGGCCGCCCAGACAUCAGCCUGGACUCCUCCAUCAGUUUACUUGAGGAUCCAAGAUUUGUGAGUGUGUCGGUGGACCCGGCGGGACAGAAACUCUACUUCUUCUUUUCUGAAAUCGGGAAGGAGUUCAGCUUCGUCGACCAGAUUCAGAUUCCCAGAGUGGCUCAAGUCUGCAAGGACGACGUUGGAGGACAGAGGAUUCUGCAGAAGAAGUGGACAUCCUUUGCCAAGUCUGCUCUGCUCUGCCAGCCUCCAGAACAGCCUCCCUUCAACAUCCUGGAGGAUAUGUUCACCCUGCAGCCACCAGAGGGCACCGACGCCUCAGAAACACUGUUUUAUGGCGUCUUCACCUCCCAGUGGUCCAGGCGGCCCGAGUCUGCAGUUUGCACCUUUAGGCUGCAGGACAUCCGAGACGUUUUUGCUGGAACCUUUAAGACCCUGGAGAAGGGAACGUACCAACUGAAACCCCCAGCAGGACGACAAUACCUGGGACAGUGCGGCCUCUCAAACUCCUCCGACUCUGAGCUUUCUGAGGUGAAGAUGAACUACCUGACCGACAGGAACGUGAAACCAGUUGGACCAGUUUUUGUUUUUCCUGAGCAGAAAUACAGUCGUGUGGUCGCAAUGAAGACAACGGCGGCCAACAGCCAACAGUACGACGUCCUGUUUCUCCUGACCGAGUCCGGGUUCCUCCACAAGGCGGUUCCUUUGGAUCAGGACCUUCGAGUCGUUGAGGAGAUCCAAGUGUUCAGGGAACCUCAGCGGGUCAAAAGCAUGAUCCUGUCUUCCUCCAAGGGACUCGUGUAUGUGGGAACGUCUGAGGGAGUGACAGCGGUACCUGUGGCCCAGUGUCCGAGCUACCGGAGCUGCAGGCAGUGCAUCCUGGCCAGGGAUCCGCUGUGUGGCUGGAGUCCGACCCGCAGAACCUGCACGGGUCUGGAUGGCGCCGGCGACAGCGUAGUUCAAAGCCUGGACAGCAUCAAGGGGGACGAAUGUCAGCCGGCAGAGCGGAUCCUGCAGCACCAAGACGUCUUUGUCCAGCUGAACGAAGUUGUGACUCUUCAGUGUGUGAAGCCGUCUAACCUCGCCACGCUGCGCUGGAGCUUCGCCGACGCCACGGUUCAAUCGGACCGGCUCUUCAUCCAGGCAGCAAACGGCAGCCUCCGCUUCCUGGCCUCUGCUGGGACCUUCGGGAUUUACCGCUGCCAGGCGGAGGAAGACGGACUCAUGGAAGUGGUGGCGAGCUACAACGUCCGGCAAGCGUCCAGUCCUCGGCAUCUGUCCAAGGUCAACCGGGAUCCGGUGACCCCGGGCCCGGAGAAGAGGUCUGUUGAGACCGAGGAUCCGGCUGUGAUCCCGGUUUCAGACGCACCAGAGGAUGAAACCUUCAUCACCAACGAUUCCGACGCAGAGGAGCGCGUGACUCAGGCUAAAGGUGAUGCGUUUUCCGUCCAGGAAAUAGUCCCGACCUCCAGGAAGGACAGCCGGUCCAUGAAGAACCCGGCUGAGGAGGCACCGACCCAGAGGAGCUACCACAGCGAGCUGGUGGUGGUGUCCCUGCUGCUGGCCGCCUGCGUCCUGAUCCUGGCGCUCGGCGCCGUCCGCAUCUGGGGGCGGCGGAGCGCCGGCUCCGGGUCCGACCGGCUGCCAUCCGCAGACAAUGGAACCAAAACAAACACGUCCAUGGAGAUCCACUCACUGAGCGCCGCAGAGGACGCGGGUCCGGACCAAACCAUCAUCCCGUGAUGGAGGUCUGGACGGGUCUGGACCGAACCAUCAUGGAGUCCAGUGGCGGUCCGGGCUGUUCUGAGGCUCCAGAGUCGGCUUCGUCCUGAUCGAUCAGUCGGUCAUGAAGGACUUCUGACCCGUUUUCAUUCACCUUUAGGUCCAGUAGAUUCUGUUCCCAGUGACUCAGUCUGAAGUCCAGAACCACAAAUCCUUCAACAUUCAGAUUGUUUCAGUUCAAAGGUCCAGACAUGUAGCGCCAUUUUACAGCAUGCUCAAGUAACGGUUAUAAAAUGUUUUAUACCUAAAUAUCAAAUAUAACUUAAAAGAAAUCCAGAUUUAACGUCUUGAAAUUGGGCCUCUGUCUCUUUAAGAAGCUCCUGCUCUUCCUGAAGCUCCGCCUCCAGGAAGUCAUCCAACAUGGCUCUUCUAUUUAAAGCUUUUACCUGCUUUGCUCAGAGCAGCAGCUCCUAUAAUGAGCUCAGCUGUUUGCUAACUGCUGCUGGCUAGUCUAAAGGAGAUGAGUGGGGGCGGAGCUAAGCCUCGGAGGCGGGGCUACGUCCACCAACUGAUAAUCUAUUCAAUAAGAACCCGACACAAGAUGCUGGUUUUUAUUUUCAGGUUCUAAAGCGGGGAAAAAAGUCAAAACAAAAAGUUUUUAGCGUUUUAUUUCUAAACGUGUAUUCUAUUUUUUUGAUGAAGAGUUUUUGCGGCGCUAGUGGCUCAUAUUUUUGCAACAGUAGGCAGACAGGAAGGAGGGCGAGGAAGACAUGUGGCAAAGGUCGCCGGGACUGGGAGUCGAACCCACGACGUCCACGUUGAGGACGAAGGCCUUCGAACGUGGGGCGUGCUAACCCGCUGCGCCACCACAGCACGCCCCCAGACUCCAUGUUUUCUGCGCAGCAGGUUUCUCAGGGAUGAUUUGUCAUGAAUUAUUUAUUGUUUCCUGUUCUUUCAGAUGUAAUUUAUGACUGUAAAUAUUCCAGUGUUUUUCAGACGUGCUCAGCUGGUUUUCUGCUCCUCUUUGUGUUUUUAUUCUCUGUUUGACUGUGGCGCCCUCUGGUGGCACAAAGUAUGUUUGUAAAUUCAUCUAUUAAUCUGACAGAUUAAUAAAAGAUCAUAAUUCUGAUUGUUGUUUCUAUUCAUAAUAAACUUGAAGUCCUCAGACUGA